AUGCCCUAUUAUGUAGAAAACAUCGAUGAGGAUCAACGCGCAAAGCAAGAGUCUACCACCAAAGUAACAGGCGCAAUGGGGUCAACUACGUAUCUCAUCCAUGCAGAUCCCAGCUUCGAAGGUGUCUAUCAGCUAUCUCCGGCUGAUCUACAGAUUCCUGCACGGGGUAUUAGACAAGCAUUCGUUUAUUCAACAGAAAAGGAAACUCCCCUCGAUGAGACCAAGGCACGCCGUCUAAUUGCCUCCCUUCAAGAAAGUCUCAAAACACUCCUUAAGCCCUUCGAUAAAGAACAGAUAGGUUCAAUAACAUAUCCACAGCUGCUGGGUAGAGUCGUCCGUCCUGACGGCAAACCACCCUACAUCGCAGUUGAGAAGUCCUCCAAUAUCCCAUUCAAAGUCGCAUAUAGAUUAGACAUCGACUUUGAGAGUUUGUCCCCCGAACAACAUUUUCCGGCUGAUGCGAUCCCCAAGACCGAUUUUGCCACGGGACUCGAUGAUAUCCAGUUCCUGAGUCAGCACAACUGUGCGGUGCAGUUGACUUUUAUUAAUGGAGGGUUUGUCCUGGUUUUUCAAAUUCACCAUAUCAUUACGGAUGCAUAUGGAUAUGUGGGAUUUAUGCGGCAGUGGCUCCAGAGAACCAAGGUGUUGAUGGCUGACGGCCCAUAUGAAGACGGAGUUUCUUCGACAGUGACAAGUAAUAUCCACGACAAGACAGAGCUUUUGAAGGACUUCGAUGAGUCAUUAUAUGGACCAGAUGAACUCCGCGGCUUGAGUAAAUGGAAGACAUUGUAUAAGGAAGCACCGGCAGCGAAAACGAACCCUUUCAGCGGGAACGGUGACGUCCAAAGCAAGAUCUUUCGGUUCUCCAACGAAAGCCUGGAGACACUCAGGGCAGAAAUGCACACGUAUACCGAAAACCGACCUACUAUUUUCGAGUCGGUUAUGGCCCUGACAUGGCAAUGUCUCGCUCGUGCUCGAACAGCACCUGAGACAUCUGUAGAGUCGACGACAAGCAGCGGAUUCUUCUCAGCCGAUAUGCGUCAACGCCUAGUUCCUCCCUUGGCAACUGACUUUUUCGGUAACGCUGUCACCGCGGUGUUGGCUCGAUUACCUCUUUCGUCCCUGCUGGAUCCCACAAAUAUAGCCACAGUCAUCAGAGCGAUUCAAGAUACAUUGAGAAAAGAUGCCACAGAUCCAAAUUUGAGGUCAAUCAAUAAGUAUAUUUUCAGUCAGUUGAGGGUUGGGAAAAUUCCUCCCAACGAUCUAUUGGAGAGAGAUGUGUUCUUUAAUUCCUGGGAGCAUCUCUACCCCAGUCUUGACAUUAUGGAUAUCGGUGUGGGCAGAUUCCGUACGCUGAGGUAUCUGAUGGAUUCUCCUAUUACGCCGUCGUAUGUUUUGAUUAUGCCGUCGUAUGGAUUGAGGCAGAAAUCAACAUUAGCGGACUCAGGACAGUAUCCUGGAGGGAUUGAGUUGAAUGUCCAGCUUCUGCGACAUCAGAUGGAGAAGCUAGAAGAGGAUGAAGAGUGGGCUCGGUACCAGAACGCCGGUGAUAUUCAUGAAGAUUCAGAUUCAAACCCGGACUCCGAGUUUGUGGGCGAAUAUGCUCCAUCUCCGUUAAUAAAAAUUGUGAAGCGCAAUGAUUUGGCAGGAGGGUUUGGAGGAGUACAACCAUUUUACAUUGCUAUCACGAAUGAUAACCUAGAUACUCUUCGUCUACUGCUUGAAUUCUGUCCUUCUUCGCUCAGCGAGGGUCUCAAAAAUCGACGACAUAGAUUGUUAUCAAUUUUGGAUCUCGCUUGUAGGGGAGGUGAUUUUAAAACGACAAGAUUUUUGCUAGACAGAGAUCCCCGGCUGGGUGUAAUGUUUGGUAGGGAUAGUCACGGUGGAAGUGCCUUGUGUCUGCUACUAGCCCACCAUGACGUGCAAGGCCCUACUCGAGAUCAAGCGCGAGACCAACUUGCCAGGGGGGAAGCUUUUACAUACGAGCUCAUUGAACGAGGUGAUCCUGUACGUGAUGCUGUUUCUAGAAUGAAACACCCAACUCCAGGAGAGAUACCACCGGUUGUGAAAACUGUCCUCGGCGAAGUUGUCAUUCGAGGCAGUCCGCAAUUAGUGUCUCGCCUUAUUGCUGGAGGGGCGAAUGUGCAUGAACGACAAUUUGGAGCUGGCGAUACUUCCCACAUUAUGGAUCUGGGCUCGGGCUCCAUUCCACUGCACAUAGUUAGCGGCCAUUGGAAUCUACCGGCAGCUAAAGUGCUACUCGACAAUCAUGGAAGCCAGAUCAGUAUUGCAGAAAUGGUAUCCAUGCGUGAUAGCGAAUUACGUCUACCAUUGCAUUUGGCAGCUCGAAGCCUCGUUCAUUGGGCUAAUGAGGAUGCUCUUCCUGUUAAUGAGACACAUCCCAACUUACAGGUCCAAUCUAGUUGGUGCAGUGAAUAA